AGCUGGUGAGCAGAGCAGAGACCACCACACCACACCACCCCACCCCAUGGCUGCCUCAAGUCUAAUGGUCUCCCUCCUCUUCGCGGCCGCCGCCGUCUGCGGCGCCGCCGGGGCGAGCACGGCGCUGGACGAGGUGUGCGGGGUCCUGGGCGGGUACUACGUGACGCCGGAGGCGUGCGCGUCGGCGCUCUGCCACGACGCCUCGUCGCCGUGCCGCGCCGCGCGCGACGCGGGCGCGGUGGCGGCGCUCGCGGCCAGGCUCGCGGCGGCGAACGCCACCGCGGCCAGGGACAGCGUCGCGGCCGCGGAUCCGGCGGGCCUGCGGUCGUGCCUGCAGCUGUACACCGGUGCCGCGGCGGCGCUGGAGUGGGCGGCGGGGUCCGUGGCCGCGGGGCGGUACCCGGGCGCCCGGGAGGUGCUGCAGGCGGCGCAGUACGUGCCCGCCGGCUGCGACGGCGUGGCCGCCGGGGCGGCGCUGCCCGCGGAGAACGGCGGCUUCGACGCGAUGGCCACCGUCGCGCACGCCGUGCUCGCCUCCUUGUCCAAGGGCUACUGAUGACCAUCUGCCUGCGCAUCCAUGGCGGUUGUACGUCAUGAUAAUUCCGUUGUAAACUUGUGACAAUAAGCUGGGACUGUAACAACUACUCCGUGCAUGAGCAUGAAUCCGUCGUGAUGAUGUUGCCAUGGAAACUGAUUGAUGGAUGGCACUGCUUCUGCUUGCAUUCGACGACAAGCUUCAGAUCGAGUUCGUCCUGACGUCCUGUGUUGUUCAUGUGUUGCGCGGCGUCAAAGUUACCUGGGCCG